AUGGCUCUUCGUCGUUUUGCUCAGACAAACCACGCUUCCACCGCAGAUGGCUCUCCUCGUCCCAAAUCCUCUGCGUUUGCUUCCCCUGCGGGCUCUCCGCAAGGCCUUCCGACGACACCGCGCAAUCGUCUGAGCUUUGGACUGCACCGUUCCCCUGCAGAUACACCAUCUAUUUCAUCUUCAGUCCCCUUCGACUGGGAAGCAGCACGCGCUCUUAAACCCCCACCAUACGCUUCGCCGAGAGCAAGAGCUAACGGACGCGACAGUCUUGCACCAGGCAAUGGACCUAAACAGCCGAUAAAACGAGUAGUCAAGAAGAAAGGCCUUUGGGAACGUGUGACUUUGAUUCCGUCUCAAAUAGCUCUCGAGAUCUCUCUCUUCCCAAGCAACGUGCCUCUGCCAGAACCUAAAACCUCCGCCUAUAUAUUGGGUGGCCUCAUGCACUUCACUCAUCUGUGCACGCGUAUCAGUGCAGUUCGAAAAGUCCCCGACUCGGAACAAGGAUACGAGGAUAUGUAUUAUGAAACUGAAGGCACCCCUUGGUUCGAUUGGACUAUGCCCAUGACACUCCUUCUCAUUGGCGCGUCAAUCGGUAACGCUGUGUACCUCUUCAGUCGCAUCCAAGUCUACCGCCUCCACCAUCGCCCAGAGCCCGUUGGCUCUCCUAGUGCAAAGUUCGUGCCAGAUGACGUUGACUUGGAACCAUUAGUCCCUACCCCCCUUUCCACCCGCAUCCUCUCUUUCCUAUGGCGCGCCUUCGUUGCCUUCUGGCGCUUCCUGUUAGGAUUGAAGCCACCAGUUACGUCAAGUACAACUCCGGGGAGCAGGGCCAGAGUGCAGCAGAUGGAAGUAUGGGCACCAGGGGAUUUCGAGUUGAUGCUGUUUAGCAUAUAUUCCCCAGCCCAUUCACUUCUAUGGACGGCCACAACGACCUCAAACUGGAUGAUAAUGCUGAUUAUUAUGGGACUUCUUGGUCUUCAAACCAAUGUCCUGUUUUUGUCAUAUAAAACCCUGCUCAAAGAUAAGGAGAUCAUAUCCGCAGAGGUGAUGAACGAGUACAACAAAUUGUUCGUGUACCCUCGAGUCAACCCGAUCCGCAAGGAUGUCGCCGUCAUGACACAUCAGUCUGAGGUCGUUGAUGUUUGGGAGGAUCGGUGA